AUGGCUACAUCGAUAGGCAACGGCCCUCCUUCGAUGGCUGAGACCACUGGGGAUCGCCUGAUAGCGGUUCUGGUGGUGGUUGUCUUUUCCGUUCUUGUGUCGCUUCUGAUGCUCGUUUUGAGGAUAUGGUGUCGUUGGUCAAUACGAUCGCUUGGGUGGGAUGAUUUUGCCGCGAUGAUGUCUUUGAUAUGCAUAACGAUAUUCGGUUCCGGGAUACUUGCAUUAAUACCCCUCGGCCUCAGUGAUCCCACGGGACAGAUACCAGUUGACAAGAUACCUGCUUUCUACAAGAAUCGUCUCACUGUCUUACUGGCGAUGGAUUUAUAUCGGCGCGAUGGUCUUUCUGGUCCUCUGGAAUAUCUGUGUUAUCCUGGUCUUUUUCCUCACCUGCAUUCCCAUGGCAACAAUUUGGGAUCCAACGGUAAAAGGGAAAUGCGUGAAGCAUGCACUGGAACUUGGAUAUGCAUGUGCUGGAAUAAGCAUAUUUACCGACCUGGCUGUGGCGGUUUUGCCCUUACCUUUUAUCUGGAAUCUAAAUCUUCGUCGUCCACACAAGAUCGCCUUAUCCGGGGUGUUUCUGCUAGGCUGCUUCCUCUUCUUGUCCGACUCAACUCCAUGAGACCCUGCUGUGAGAGGAGCGACCAGACACCUGCUGUCCAAAAUCAGCGUAGCGAUGACGAGGUGGGAUUGACGUUGGAUACGGUGACAAAGGUUGGGAGUCAAAGCCAGGAGAGUCAUGAUGAAGAUCCUCACAGAGCAUUGGCGGCAAAGUCUUAUGGGACUAAUACGUACAUCGAAGCUAAGCCGCAUCCUUGGGGAAAGUAG